GUGUGCUGGGGACUACUGCUCACUCGUGGCCCAGUGUUAGCGGCAGAGCAGCCAUAUCAUGGCAUCUUCAUGGUGGAACAUGUCGGAGGCCCUUUCACUCUAGCCGUAAGCUCCCCCCUGACUCUCACCUGAUAUCAAGGCUGACAGUGUACUGUCAUGGCAGCCAUAUCAAGAGCGCCUUGCCGCUGAGGUGUCCGGCUGCCAACUGCAGGUGCGCGAAGUAUUCGACUCCCCGUAUUUGGUUGGCGGGUCCUUUGACGUGAAAUGCCUGGAUACGUGUGAAGAAGCCAUGGUCUUGUCGGCCCGCAUCCUAUCUGCCCUACGCUCCCUAGACUCAGUGGUGAGGGUAUGGCAGGUAGCCCAGCAGCCCAUCCCAGUGCCGUCGCUUGAACCACGCGAUCUCGAUGCCCUCACUAACCACCACCAAGAUGGGACUGGGCCUUUAGUGGCAGAGGAUUGGGCAGCGGAUCCGGAUCUCACGGAUCCAGCCCCCACGAGCAUGCCUAAGCGCAAGCGGCAGCAGCAGCAGCAGCACUUUGGAAAGAGAGAAGACGAUGCUUCUACUUCUGCUUCUUCUAACACGGGGCCAUACGUACAACAUGUCACCACGGGCGUGUCCCAAAUGCAUCAAGUGGGUUUCCGGGGUAAGGGCGUCCACAUUGCACUAAUCGAUGACGGGUUUGAACCUGUGGGCCUCUCGGCCUUCUCAAAAACACAAAUUGUGCACACUCACAAUGUUGCGGACAACAGUGCCAAUGUCGCCCACGUGCCAGGCACCGGCUCGCAUGGGACCUGCGUACUGGGGGUUAUUGGCUCAGACAGCGAUCACAAGCAUGACCAUCCUUUUGGCUUCGUUGGUGUGGCUCCCGAGGCCGAAUAUACACUCGUGGCGGUCACGCGUGCCAACGAACAAUUCUGGGAAGAUGGGAUGACGCAGGCCCUGCUCUACGCGGCCUCGCGGAAGCCGGACAUCAUUUCAAUGUCCCUUUCGACAGUGAUUACGUACCCAGAGCAUCCGUUACCCUAUAUCGCGCAGAAGAUCCAGGAAUCGGGCAUCUUCGUCUCGUUCCCUGCGGGCAACCAAGCCGAGAAGCAACCCCUAUUUGCCCUUCACGCGCCUGCAACCUCAAGAGUAACGUCGUCGGUCGGUGCCACUGACUCUCCUUCCCUCAUUAGUUUCUCAUUCGGUGUACAACUCGACGAUGGCACUACACUUCGCUAUGCGCCGGGCACGGUGCUACAACUAGGUCCAAACCCGUGGAAGAUUUGGUUCCCAGCCGAUGCGGAGCUACUACCACCUGGCUGUCAUGUGCUACCAAAGCCACCAAAGAAUCUUCUACCAAACGACCUCCAGAACACGAUCCUGCUGAUUGACGCGCACCACUGCUGGAACCAUUGGGAAACCAACAAGGCCAUUACGGCCCAGCUGGGCAUCCGCGCAAUUCUCUACUAUACGCCUUCUUCGCUAAGCUGGAUGGAUGGAGUUAGCUUUCCCAGCGUGCCUUACGGAUUCGUGGACGCCAUUACCCACUCAGCCCUUAUCUCGUACACCGACUCCAGGGUGUUGAUCGAGAUGAUGUCUAAAAGCUCGGGCGAGCUGAAGAUCACCUUUCCCGCUCAAGGCUCUGAGGGGAGAUUCUCCCAGAUCGUCCACCCCCGUAGUGGAGGUCUCGUCGCUCCUUUCUCAAACUGGGGCCCGUCAUUGGACGGACACAUGGCGCCAACAAUAGUCGCCCCAGGCGGUUCAAUGCUUUGCCCACUGCCAAAAGCGCUACGUUCUGGCAUCGGCUGGACCAUACAGGAUGGCACAAGCUUCGCUACCCCUUUUGUUGCUGGGAGUGCUGCCCUCCUUAUAGAGAAGUUCCGCAAGGAGAAUCGCGAUGCUUCUCCACUGGCUAUUCAACUGGCGCUGGUUGCGAACGCUUAUCCACGGCUGUACCCGAGUUCUCGUCCGGAAGCACCCUUAAUGGCUCCCAUCUUUCAGCAGGGCGCCGGACGAGUAAAUGCCUUCGACGCGGCGCACACCACUUCCUCCAUCGACAGGCUUUCGCUAGACUUCAAUGAUACCACUCAUCGACCGUCGUCCUUAACCUUUGGCCUACGAAAUCUGACCCCCCAGCCGAUCACGUACACUCUUGGUCAUCUAAAAGCUGCCUCGGGAUACCUGCUCGACCAGACGGGCCAUAGAAGAGCGGCGAAAGACGUACAUGGUGUCUAUCCAUCAAUUCAAAUUUCGCCCGAGUAUGUGACGGUGCCUCCCAAUUCAGCCACCCAGAUCUCUGUUUCGAUUACGAAGGAGCCUGAUCUUCCAGACAAGGACUGGCGAGGUACCUUUUUUGGGGGAUUUGUUACUAUCUCGUCACCCGAACAAAAAUUAAGUAUCCCAUAUACUGGGAUAGGCGGUGCUUUGAAUAACAUACCCAUGAUUGAUCGCCAGCGCUCACAGCUCAUUGGUACAGACGGCGAAUCCUUGGAGAAAUUCAAAGAGGGCCACGAAUUCAUUUGUAUGUACGACGAUAUCGGCCCAUACCCUGUCUCGUGUUUGAGAAACCGACAAAGGAGAGACCUGAAACCGGGAGUGAUAAUCCAAGCCGGCCUCCCGACUCGUAGAGCACGCUUCGAAAUCUGGUCUAUGCAAAACCAGCAGCGGGUUCUUACUGUUAUACCAACGCAGGAAACGGAAGCACGGCCCUUCCUUCUCGAUAACGCACUGAUGUUUUGGAAUGGAAAAUCCGAGGGUCGAAAGUUCCUUCCCGCGGGCAAGUACAAAUGGGUAGUAAGUGUACUAAAGAUGUUUGGAAAGGAGGAUGUAGCCGAGGAUUGGGACACUUGGUUUAGCCCGAUGUGGAAAUUAACAUGGGAUGAAGGAAGUAUAUUUCCUCUCGAGGAAACAAUUGAGCCCAGGCCUGCUAAGAAGUGUAGAGUUCGAUAAUAGAAUAGUAUAG